AUGUUUUACCCCGAGAGACGUUGUUGUUGGACUUUGAUAGCGCUGGGAAAGGCAUUGGCUAGAGUUGGUUCAAGGGCUGGCGGAGGCGGUCACCGGACUGGAGGGCGAUGGCUGGAGAUGCAGCCCUUCUAUAAUCUAAUUCUUAGCAAAAAAAAGACAAAACAAAUCAAUAGGCACUGGUUGGAUGUUGUUCGAGGGCUGGUGGAGACGGUCACCGGAUUGGAGGGCGAUGGCCAAAUAUGCGAGCGAUGUGGAGGAGUGGCGACGGUCGGCGCUGUAAAGCAAGAGAAGUGGAUCGUCGGGUGUAAGGCAAGAAGUUUCACCAAUGUUGCAGAGUCGGCGCUAGCGAUAGAGGAUCGUGGAGGUCGGAUGGUGAGGAUGAGGAUGAGGGUGAGGGUGAUGUGGGGUGUGUAUCAUGGGGGUGGCACUUAUCCAUUAGGAAUGGGUGUUAGAUUGAGUCUCGAACUUCGUCUGUCAAAUCCAAAUCGGCAUAGCAUCGGACCAACACAAAUAUGGCCGCCCAAAUUCGUUCAUAAAACUCAUAAUCUGAAGAUCAUCACUCACACAUCUGGAAAUCCCAUGGUUGUGAAGCAGGAGACUGAGAUGCUGGAAGCGAAAAUCAAGAUGAUUAGAUAGAGAAUUCAAGGGGAUGUGUCGACGAAUGCUGAUCAAAUUGCAUUAGUUGAGAGAUGCAGCAAGCAUAAAACAAAGAGGCAAAUCACUUUGGGAUUCUUCUGGUUCAUUCAAUCACUUGAAGAUGUUAUAUAUGAUCCAUGUUCAUCUUCAGUAAAACCAACAUCUAGCUUCUUUAACUACUAAUGUUUUGUAAAUGUAAAUGAAUACAAAUGAAUACAGGUAAAGGUUGUUUUAUUUGUUGAUGUUUCAGAUCUAACAUAUGAAAAAAGUUGUUAUAUUACUUGUUUUCAUAUUUAAACAUUUUUUACAACAUAAUAGUAUGUCUUCAAAUAAUAGUUUUUUAAAGUUAUGAUGCAGAUUAGAGCAAUUGUGGUGGUUGGAUCUUGGACCUGAUCCAAAUGUAAACUAUUACAAAAUACAGUAUGAAGCUCUUUGCAUUCAUGAGAAUCCAAGAUGCAUUUUCAUUGCUACUAACAAUGGUGCCACUAUCAAUAUGACUAAUUUACAAGAAUGUUCAGGUGUUGGGUGCAUGGUUGCUGUUGUUUAUGGAGCAACAAAGAAAGAGCUAACUGUAGUCGGAAAACCACCAAUCUGUUUGAUGGAUUUAUUACAAAAGAUCUAUCAAAUCCACCAUCCAAUCAAAAUUAAAACACGGAACUCCAAGAUUCUAAGAAGAAAAAUAAAACUUAUACAACAUUAGAGUGCAUGACAAAAAUGUUGGAAAUAUAGUUCUUAGUUUAUGUGUAAAGUCUUGUAUAUAUGUAUCUUUUGAUUACAAGUUAAU